AUGGCCGCAGAGCUCGUGCCAUCCACGCCAUCACCCCUCACGAGCUUCUCGAGUGCCGGCACAAGCCCAAAUAUCAGCAGCAUUGCCAGUUCAUGGUAUAAUCCUGCAGCCUGGACUGUCAACGUAACCCGAUAUGCGCCCAUCCUCGAGGAUCUGGUCUGGGCCGGUCCCCGAAUCGUGAAGAAGCUUGGGACAUAUAUCUCUAUUCCCGAUACCCUCCAAACCGUCCCGGACGCUCCACGAUACGUGCCAGCGGCUGCCGAUGCGAGUGCCAUUCUGGCCGACGCCGAUUCGACUAUUCAAGACAUAAUGGAACCUCUCGUGGAACCUCUUGUAGCUGCUGCGGGAGCCUCAGAAGCCCUCGGAGCAGAGGCGGAGGCUAUCGCUCCCACCGCGCGUCUAUCAGUUGAUGGCGCUCGUGGCCUGGGCAGCGUCUUUGGCUACGCUACAAGCAAAUGGGCCCUUUGCUGCAUUGCUAUGGCCGUCAUACUAAACCGAACACAUAUCUUUGCUGCCACUCGAAGACGUUUACGGCUCCGAUGGCCAACGAGGCUCCUCCUACGAUUUCUACCCGUCGUCUUACUCGUUUAUCAGGCUCGCCAGUUACUCCAGUCCAUCCAGUGCCAGACAUCCUCCAACUUCUCCGAGUUGCGUUGGGGAAAUGCAAGCAAGAGCUCCGACCUCAUGUUCUCACAUGCCAACUCGUUUCUCAAUUCUCUGAGCUCCACUCUGUCGUUCUCAACUUCUGACGAAGAAGCAUGUGUCGCCGUACGAAUGAUACCAUCGGACGAAUCUGGCUCUGCCCGCGACCUCGCUGGGUCAUUGUCGUUACUCUGGCCCCUCUUUGGGACAUUCUGUCUGAGCCAAUUCCUCGAGACUGUCUCAUGUGCCGUGCAAGGUCGCCCAGUUGCUCCCGAGACUGGCAUGACACUCUUCGAACAGUCUCUUGCUUUCGCCGAGGCCGACGCUGCUAUUAGCAAUCAGCUUGGCUGGGGUUUGUUUGCCAAAGCUCGCCCCGUUGAUGCUCCUUCCUCCACUCUCGGAAGUGCUAUAGCUUUGAGCCGAUCGAUGAUUAUGAAGCGUGUCAAUACCCCCCCUGAGGUACUCCUAGUUGCCUUUCUGUCGUCCAUGACUCACAUCACGAGCCAUGUGUUGGGCAUCUUCAACUUGCAAGCGAGAUACCGCCUCGUUAGCACGGGGUUUUGGGGCCUAUGUUUCAUGGGAAGCAUCGUAUGGAGUGCCAUAUCCUUUGACCUUGAUGACCCAUCCUCCCAGGGCUUGCUCAGAUUCCCGACAGUCUGCAUCGUUGGCUUCGUUCCACAUGUUCUUGUCCUCAUAGGCAUCGUCAUGUGCGUAUUCAUCUAUUCGUUGGCCCUGCUGCUUUCGGCAUUGUCUCCUCCGUCAAGCCCUGACAUGGCUUCCAUGACAUUUCGCCAGCGCCUCAGCCAUGCCCACGGGAACAUGCAGGCCAACGUUUCUCUGUCAGAGAUUCGCAUCACUCGAGAAAUGGACUUUUACACGGCGCUUCUUCGCACCGGCUUUGGCGCUAUCACCAUGGCGAGUGAAGCUGUCUACCUCAAUGAGGAUCGAGGGGUUAAUCUCAAGCGACACACUUGGCUGGAAGAGGAGCGCUUCAAGGAGGCAGAAGAGUUGCAGAGAAAGCUCAUCGCCAGCGGCCUGCCAGAUUCUCGGUACGACCAAAUUGGUGCCAUCGGCUUAAUCCCUGUGAAAGCAGGACCGGUGAUUGCGUCAAAUGGGUAUGCCAGAGAACGAGCCGCACAGAAGAUUCCAAAGAGCCGGGGUGAACGAAGUCUCCGGGUCGGCAUUGGAGCGGCUGAAAGAAGUUCCCGUUGGUUUAUGGCUCUGGAGUUUCUACUCAGCAUCAACAAGCUCAUCGCAAGGAUAGGAGCAAAGUCUGUCCUGUGGUGUUUUGCGACCCUUCGCAUUCGAUACCAGCCUGGCUGGCUUCUUCGGCUUGCUCGCCACCCCAAAAGCAUUAAGAGUCAAACGAAAAGCUCUCACCGCAGUCAAGCACGAAACAAGGGAGCAUCAGCCUAUAACGACGGUCGCAUCCCUAGAAAUGAGGCGACAGAUGUGGAAGCUGAGUUUAGGCGUACGAGUCCCCAAGACGAGGAAAGCCUGGACACAGAUUUGUACAAAUACUGGCUCAAGGGUGGUUGGUGGGGAUCGACCGACACAAGCGGUGAUUUCGAGCCACGUUCGGAUGACGAUGAUUUUGACACUACGAGUGUUAUCUCAUUAUCGACCACGGGCGAGGGAGUGGAUGAUUACCAGCAAUGGGAGUCGGAUGAUGAUGACGGCCAGAGAACGCCUACCCAGCGGUCACCUCGUAUCACCGAAUGGAGCAGCUGCAGCGAACGCGCAUCCUCACGGCGCCCGGGGCCAGCUUGUUGCACCCUGGAGUCGCUGCCGCUACCGUGCCAUCAGGCCGCCACACCAAGCUCAGCCCUGACGAAGAAGAAAGGCUACUUGAGCAGCUCUUGCUCUCACGACGGCAACCUGACUCUGCCGAGCCAUUUGCAUCGGCACCGUGGGAAGAAGGCGGCUCUGGCUUUGGGAGCGACGGACCUCAGUGUGUCGUGUGCCAGAGCACACCACGAACAAUCAUUGUCUGGCCCUGCCGAUGCCUGA